GAGGGCAAACCUCAUCGGCAAUUCAUACCCAGACAGCCAAGCAUGGUGUUCGCCUUCCGCUCAGCCGCCACGCGAGUGACGCCGGCCCUCGCCGUAUUCCUUGGUGGCGCGACGCUCGGUGUGACACACUCGAGGACGGCCCGCGCGGAGGAUAAACGCGACCUGCGCGACCUUGAGUUUGGCGUGCCACACGAUCGCAAGCGUGUAGAUCCUAUGUCGCCCUUCUUCCCGUCAGACAAGCACCCGUGUACGCACGCAGGUAUGUUUAUCCCUGGCUGCCACGAGCUCAAGAUCUUCUCAGGCUCGUCGCACUUUGAGCUGGCUGACGACAUUGCGCGGCGUCUUGGCACCCGCGUGGGUAAGAUCAAGCUGGGUCGCUUCGCUGACGGCGAAGUGCAGGUGCAAGUGGGUGAGAGCGUGCGCGGUAAGGACGUGUACCUCGUACAGAGUCUGGCGAGCCCCGUGAACGACAACAUCAUCGAACUGCUGCUUAUGGUCAGCACGAUGCGUCGUGCCAGCGCUAAGAAGGUGACCGUCGUGCUGCCGUACUACGCAUACAAGCAUCACCGUCGUGCUAACCCGGCGGCGACCAGUUUGAACUCCAAGUUCAUUCAGAGUCCUGCUGCUGACAUUGCAAAGAUGCUAGAAGUCAUGGGUGUCGAUCGCGUCAUUGCGGUGGACAUGCAGAUGCGUGUGGAAGGCCACGAAGCAUGUUUCUUCAGCUCUGAUAUUCCCGUGGAAACCAUCGAAACUAUCAUGGCCGGCGUUGAAUACUUCGCCACUCAGGUGCAUCUCCGUCGCCCGCUCGUUGUGAUGGCGCCCAACCCGGAGUGUUUGCGUCGCGCACGUAUCUUCCAGACGGGUUUGAACAAGUGGCUGCCGGACUCGCCCGCACAGUUUGCUGUUUUCUUUCACGGCACUGGCAAGAAGGAGUCGGGAGAGCAGUCCCCGGCUGAUAUUGUGGGCGAUGUUAAGGGCGCCGACGUGAUCGUCGUGGACGACCUGGUCGACACUAGUGAAACGUUGUCCAAACUCACGAACCUCGCACUCAGCAAGGGUGCCCGCAAGGUGUACUGCUUCGCGUCGCACCCGCUGCUGAAUGGCGAUGCCGAGCGUUUGAUUGAAGACUCAAACGUGUCACAGGUUGUUGUCAUGGACACGAUCCCGGCGGAUCCGAAGGCCUUCCACAGUGACAAACUCAAGCGUCUAUCGGUUGCGCCAAUGCUGGCGGAGCUGAUCCAGGCUGAACACUUCAAGGCGCACUCGUACAUCGACAAAGUGAACUCACGCGAGGACUUUAACUACGUGCACCACUAUUAAGCUGUGUGCGAGUCUAGAGUUGAAGACUGAGGAAGAUAGGUAGUUGUGGAAGAAAGAUGACACCGAAUGAUGUCGAUCUGUUGGUCCGGGGACCUUGUCCCUCUUCUGGCGAGAGUUUGAAGCUCGCCAAAGCGUAAUACUACUACGCAGUAGCAUACUUA